UGCGCAAGUCCCCUCAUCAAGCAGAUUCACAAACUGCGCACCUGUGGCUCCUGGCAGACACGGCGCUUGAUGCUGUCUUUUGGGCGGCACGUCAAUGGAUUUAACUACUAUUCGCUAUUAAAUGAAGGAAAAUGAACGACUUGACCGACAACCGCAUUCAUAACUUUCGUUCUUUAUAUCAGUUUUGCGUCGAGGCGAUAACAACCUGCCUCUCGUUCAACGCUGACAAAGCGUGUGUCCCCUUCGCACUCUUUGCGUUGUCUGCACUACUGUUAUUUACAUCAUGUGUUGUGUUAAUCCAUCAGCGAUGCACCGUGAGGCAGGGGAACACUGGAGCAGUGGUCGCCAUCUAUUGCUUUCUCGGCAACCUGUGCAGCACUAUCGGCGCGGUUCUUUCUCAACAGCUAGAUAUCCAGAUAGUGUUUGGUGUCUUGACUGUAGCUGUGGAUUUUGUGAACAUUGUUUCCAUCUUCCUCACGCUUUAUAUUUGCUGGAAUUCAACCAAAGAUAGGAGGCUUAGGAUAAUCAGGAGACGACGAAGGCAGCAUCUCCUCUGUAUGUGUCUGUUGAUGGGACUAGGAGGUUAUGCAACCAGUGAGAGCAUCCCAGCAUACAGGCCCUUUGCACGAAGAAAACUACUUGAUACCUUUCUUCAAGCCAGUGUGUGGGAUAACACACAGGUCUUGGGUUACACUCUGGGCAUGAUCUCUCUCGCCAUAGUCUGCACCUCCAGAUUCCCUGCCAUCAACCGAGCAUGCAGGAGGGAGAAGGUCUCUCCGGCGGCCGGUGUCUCAGCAGUGCUGUGCUCGUCGACCGGCCUCCUCUACAUCUCCGCCCUCCUGCUCUCUGACCCCGUGGUUCCCGGACUCUUCCUCAAGGCAGCGCCCUGGCUGCUCUCUGCCCUCUGCGGCGCCACGCUGGACCUGCUCGUUCUGGUCAUAUUUUGGUGCCGAAAAGGAGCCAGACGGAAACCUGAGAGGAUCUCACUAGACACACAGAGCCUUCUAGAGUUUCCACACUUUCAUAAGAGACAUGGCAACCAACUGAAAAAACACAGAAAACAAGAAAAGAACAACAGCAAGACACCAAAGACCGCUGAAAUCGGCCACUAUAUGGACGUCAGUGUUCAACCUGCAGUGAAAGAAUGCCGAGAGGACUUGAUGCUAUCUGGGAGAGAUAACUUGGCGACUGGGACUACGAGAGGAGUACAGCUGGUCCAGGUGGCGAGUGGGGGGUCUGUCUGCUCCUCCUGCACCUCCUAUGACUCCUCGUCCUACAGCUCCGACCUGGAGUGGGACUUUGAGGAGGCCAGAAGCUGUUGGAGUGAACCACCAUGGAGAACGGAGGAGGGGGAUGAGUUCCUGCAGGAUUGGCCCAAGAACCCUCCACCGUUUGUGGCGAGCACCUGCAGCGCUUCUGACUUCACAGAGAUGCCUCUGUGAAGUGGAGGACGGGGAAACGGCGUUCCCCUCAAACGCCGUAUCAAGCUCCAUCAGUAAUAGGCUGGUCAUGUGAAUAGAUAAUGUAAUAAAUAAAUGAAGUGACAAACAUAAA